AUGGCACCGCCUGCAAAUGUUGGCAUCAAAGCCAUCGAGCUAUACUUCCCUGCCCAGUGCGUCGACCAAGCAGAACUAGAGAGGUACGAUGGUGUCAGCAAAGGCAAAUACACAAUUGGUUUGGGACAGACGAGAAUGAGUUUCUGCGACGACAGAGAAGACAUCAACUCGAUCGCCCUCACUGCCGUGUCGGGACUCCUGCGCAAGUACAACAUUGAUCCACGGUCCAUCGGCCGGCUUGAGGUGGGUACGGAAUCGAUGAUUGAUAAGUCUAAGUCGGUCAAGUCGGUCCUUAUGCAGCUUUUCGAACACUGCAACACAAACAUCGAAGGCAUCGACACAGUCAACGCUUGCUACGGCGGGACAAACGCGCUCUUUAACGCCGUAAACUGGGUAGAGUCCCGCAACUGGGACGGCAGAGACGCCAUCGUCGUUGCGGGCGAUAUCGCCCUGUACGCAGAGGGCAACGCGAGGCCGACUGGCGGUGCUGGCUGUGUGGCCAUGCUGGUAGGACCCGGCGCUCCCCUAGUUCUCGAGCAUGGCAGGCGAGGUUCCUAUGCCCGCCACGUUCACGAUUUCUACAAGCCCAACUUUUCGGUCGAGUACCCCUACGUCGAUGGCCACUUGUCAUUGGACUGCUACACCGAGGCCCUCGAUGCUUGUUACAAAGCGUACCUGGAACGUUCCCAAACUACACCUUCAGACGACCCAGCCGGAGAGGCUCUGCAGACCAACGGCGUUGAAGGCCAUCAGCUUGGCCAGAACUUGCCUGCGGACAAGUUCGAUUACAUGUGUUUUCAUGCUCCGACCUGCAAGCUGGUGGCUAAGUCAUACGCUCGCUUGUUUUACAACGACUUCAUGUCUCACGCAGAAGACAAGCUUUUCGAGACCGUCCCUGCAGAGCUAAGAACAGCAAGCCCUUCGUCGAGCCUCAACGACAAGACAAUCGAAAAGACCUUCAUGGCCCUGUCCCAAACACGCUUCAAGCAACGGGUAUUCCCCUCUACCCAUGUCCCGACCCAGUGUGGGAACAUGUAUUGUGGUAGCCUCUAUUCAGGCCUGUGUAGUCUUUUGACCCUCGUACACAGCGAUCAGCUGCAGGGCAAGCGCGUUGGCAUGUUUAGCUACGGUAGCGGACUUGCUAGCACCUUGUUCAGCUUGCGUGUCGUGGGCAGUACGGAGAGCAUGCGGAACAAGCUCGACUUGGAGAAGAGACUAAGCGCGAGACGGGUGGUGUCUCCAGCAACACACGAAGAAGCGUGCCGCAUUCGAGCUUUUGCCCACCAGCAAAGUCCCUACCAGCCCAUCGGGAGCGUAGCAGGCCUCUCCAAGUACACCUAUUACCUUACUCAUGUCGACAAGAUGUUCAGAAGGACCUACAGGAUCAAAGAAUAG